AUGUCCAUGGCCAAAACCCGGCAGUACGCCAACCUGCACGCGCAGCUGGCGCAGCUGAACAGCCACCUCCGCGACACGGAGAACCUGGUGCGCAUGACGGCCGUCCAGGCGGAGGACAUGCGCUUCCUGGGGGGAUAUGUCGGGGCCCUGUUUAUGGGGUCGGCGAAGGUGUUGGGUGAGGAGGGGAUU